UCGUAAGCGAUAUCGUAUCUCUGGCUAUCGACGACGGCGGCGGCGGCGGCGGCGGCGCGGGCGCAGUGUGGUGUGCGCGGCGGUACAUAGCUGACUCUGUCGGCCUGACUCACUCGCGAAGCUUCUGCUGUACUUACUGAACUAUAUUCAGGAUGACUGAGGUUCGUCGGUUCACACGAGCGGAGGUGCGCGAGAGCGGCGGCGGCGGCGGCGGGCCCACCUGGAUCAUCUACCGAGACGGAGUCUAUGACGUCAGCAAGUACUUGCAGGAGCAUCCGGGCGGCGAGGAGCUGGUGGCGGCGGAGGCCGGCACGGACGCCUCGGAGGCGUUCAGCUCGGUGGGACACUCGGCAGACGCCUACACCGUGCUCGCCAGACUCAAGAUCGGGGAACUCGUCGAGGAGGAGAAGAGAUACGACGAGAACGGCAAGAAGAAGAAGCUGGGCGAGGAGCGCGGGGGCGGCUGCCUCAGCGCCAUCUUCUGCGGGCUCUGCUGACCUGGUACCGGCACUAGUUACCCUAUGUAUGUCCGCUGUAUUAGUCGUGGUAUAGCGUUACCCGAAAAAACAUGCGUUUGAAAGCGGAGAUCACGCCAAGUUCUGUCGAUUGACAUGAUAAUAGUGUACACUGUACAUGGUGUUAAUUUUCGGAAUACCUACGAAAUUAAUUUGUGAUAAUUUAAUUUUAAGUUUUUUAUUUAUUUAUAAUU